CCCCCGGGAUCCACAGCUCUGGAAUUGGGCGGACGCGGGAGCGGCUCCGGCACCGACCCCAGGUAUCGCGAUGGCGAGCGAGCGGCUGCAGAGCGCUCAGGACCUGCUGGACCUCACCUUCCAAUCGCUGGCCAUGCAGCACAUGGACCUGAAGCAGGUGGAGCUGGACACGGCUGUGGCCAAGGUGGAUGAGUUAUCCCGGCAGCUGGAAUCCCUGUGGAGCGACGGGCCCGGGCCCCCCCCCAGGGUAGGAAGUGUUGGGAUGGGAAUUGGGGAUGAUUCCGUGCUCAAGCGGCGCCCUCAGAAAGCCUGGAACGAGUCCGACCUGGAUCUGGUUUAUGAGAAGAAGCCCCACAGUGGGGGGGGGUUCGACCGUCCCUCCCCAUCACUGGGGCUGAUGCUGUCACCAUGGAGGGAGUCGAGCCUGGAUGGGGCCGGAGGGGGCAAGGACCCCUAUGUGGGGCACAGCUCCACCCUGCCCCGUAACUUCAAGCUGCCGCCGGGGGAGCGCCGGGGCCCGGAGGGUCCAUUCCCCUCCCCCCCCUCCCGCUCCUCUCUCCCGGAUCCGCUGCUCCCGGACCCUCAGUUCCCGGACGCGGCGGCUCCGUUGUUCCUGGAUCCGGGAUUACCGGAUACAGCGGAGCCCCUGCGGCUGCGGGAGCCGCAGUUACCGGAUACAGCGGAGCCCCCUCGGCUGCGGCUCCCGCAGUUACCGGACGCGGUGGCUCCUCGGUUCCUGGACCAGGGGUUACCGGAUGCAGCGGAGCCUCCACGGCCGCGGGACCGGCAGUUACCGGAUGCAGCGGCUCCGGUGCUCCGGGACCCGCAGUUACCGGAUACAGCGGAGCCCCCGCGGCUCCGGGAUUCGGUGUUACCGGAGGCGGUGGCUCCGGUGCUCCGGGAGCAGCAGUUACCGGACACGGAGCCCCCUCGGCCGCGGCUCCCGCAGUUACCGGACGCGGCUGCUCCUCGGCUCCGGGACCCGGUGUUACCGGACGCGGUGGCUCCGGUGCUCCCGACCCCGCAGUUACCGGAUGCUGCGGACCCCCCUCGGCCGCUCAGCCCCACUCGGCUGCAGCCGCUGCUGCCUCCGGAGGCUCAGCGGGAUCCCGGUUUUCGCGCCUUGGCGCGCUCCCUGGCGGAGCUCCCGCGCCCGCUCAAGCGCCGCGGUUCCCGCGAGCUGAGCGUGGCCCCGCCCCCGCCGCGCGCGCGCCAGUACCGCGAGCUCAUCGCGCGCCUCCUGCACCGGGCCCCGCCCCCACAUGACGUCACUGUGACCACGCCCACCCCCGCGGCCACGCCCACCGCCCUGGAGCCGGACCCCGCCCGACGCCAGAGCCCCCCCCCGGAGCCGCCCCCCGACGGCCCCGCGCCGGUACCGGGGCUCCGCUCGGCGCUCCGGGAUCCAGGGUCCCCCCGCAAGCGGCCGGGGGCGCGGGUGCGGAUGAACCCACUCGUGCUGCUGCUGGACGCGGCGCUCACCGGGGAGCUCGAUGUGGUGCAGAGAGCGGUGGCCGAGCUCAACGACCCGAGCCAGCCCAACGACGAGGGGAUCACUGCACUGCACAACGCUAUCUGUGGGGCUCACUAUGGGAUCGUCGAGUUCCUCAUUGCCAGUGGGGCCGAUGUCAACUCCCCCGACAGCCACGGGUGGACCCCCCUGCACUGCGCGGCCUCGUGCAAUGACACCAGCAUCUGCGUGGCCCUGGUCCGCCACGGAGCCGCCAUCUUUGCCACCACCGCCAGCGACGGCAGCCUGGCCGUGGAGAAGUGUGACCCCUACCGGGAGGGCUACAGUGACUGCUACAACUACCUCACCGAGGUGGAGCAGGGCAUGGGGGUCCUCAACAGUGGAGUGGUUUACGCGCUCUGGGAUUACAGCGCAGCAUUGGGGGAUGAGCUCUCGUUCCGGGAGGGGGAGCCGGUGACGGUGCUGAGGCGCCAGCGCCCUGGGGACGUGGAUUGGUGGUGGGGGUCCCUGUAUGGACACGAGGGCUUCGUGCCCCGCAACUACUUUGGGCUCUUCCCGAGGCUCCGCCCCCAGCGCCGGAAGCUUUGAGCGCGCUCCGGAGGCUCCGGGACCCCCCCCGCCUGUGACGUAACGGUGACGUGUCGGUGACGUCACCUCCCCCGCCCCCCGGUGUUGGCAGCGGUGGCGCCCCCUGGUGGCGGCUUCUCGAGGAGUAAAAACCUUUGGCUCUGC